GAAAUAAAUGAAAUGGCCAAUCAAUCCGGUCUGGCAGAAUUCCUUCUGAUGGGAUUUUCUGACGACCCUGUUGUUCAAAUUAUGCAUUUUGUGAUUGUUUUCUUCAUUUACUUAACAGCCAUAAUGGGAAAUGCCUUCCUUGUUAUCACAGUGGCCCUGAACUGCUCCCUUCACACUCCAAUGUAUUUCUUUUUAGUCAACUUGUCACUUUCAGACAUUUGCUUCAUCUCAACCACCAUCCCCAAAUCCUUGGCCACUUCCUUAACAGAUAACAAAGUGAUUACCUUUGCUGAAUGUGUUGCCCAAGUCUUCUCAAUUUUCACCCUUGCAGGUUCUGACCUUGCCUUGCUCACCAUCAUGGCUUAUGACUGUUAUGUGGCCAUCCGCCAUCCCCUGAGAUACAGUCUAAUCCUGAACUGGGACACUUGUAUGCAAAUGGCAGCUGCUUCCUGGCUCACCUGUAUGAUCCAUGCAUUGCUAGAAACUGUAAUUGUAUUUCAGUGGAAAUUCUGCAGGUCGUAUAGGAUUGACCAAUUUUUCUGUGAUGUCCCUCAGUUACAGAAGAUUUCUUGCACUGAUACAAGUACUAGUCAAACACUGAUUUUUGUGACAGCAAUCACUAUUAGCUUACUUUGUUGUGGCAUUAUUUUUGUUUCUUAUGGCUACAUCUUCUCAGCUGUGCUAAAGAUUCGAUCCAUUCAAGGUAGAUACAAAUCCUUCUCAACCUGCAUCCCCCACCUGAUUGUAUUUUCUUUAUUUCUCGGUACUGCUUUGUUUUCUUACAUGAGACCAAAAGGUCCUUCUUCACAUACUGUAUAUUUGCUUUCUGCUGUUUUUUACACAGUUUUGCCACCAUUACUGAAUCCUAUUAUUUAUAGCUUCAGGAACAAGAACAUGAAAGAAGCCAUGUGGAAAAUAGGGACAAAAAUUGUUUAUUUCCUUUCUUUAAAAAUAAAAUGA